GGGUGAAAUGGGUUUCGGCGUGUGGACAGGAUUGGACCCGGUUUACCAUAAUAUUUGCGGAUUUUCUUUAUCAAUUUGGGCGGAUUUUGAGCAAUUAUGGACAGCAUGAAUCCAACCUGGCAACACUGCAGCACACUGAGGCAGCCACAUAGAGCAGAGCUGCUGCUUCCCAGGGUCGCUUGCUGAUGAGCAGCACUAUCAUCUGAGGAGGAUCAUGGAAUAAACAUGGCCCACAAUAGACGCUUUUUCUUUGAAGCCCUGGGUAGGUCAGAGACCAGGCGAGAUGGAGGGUACAAGCACAACUGGAGCUUUUCUCUCUCUGGUGACAGUGAAGAGGAAAGGAGACAUGAUGCGAGCGUGGUGAGCGUGGAGGAGAUGGACAGGCAGCAGCCGACCUCCCCCGAGGAGAAAAAGUCUCCCUCUCUUAGGCACUUCACUUCUGAUCCUUUGAGAACGUAUGAAAACCGGCCAAAUAAUCACAUGAGGCCUCUAAACAAGCUGGCACCCAAGAGGUUCAGCGAGGUCCCUCUCACGGUAGCAACAUCCUCCCCCAUCCCCAACAGAAACAACUAUUUCAUCAUCAGUCCUGCACCUUCACAAGGAAUCGUUUUACAAGGGCGACACUUUCAGCACACGCAAAUGCCCUCUGCAAUAAGGAAACCGGUCCAAAGAAAUGACUUUUCCACCACAGAGCAAGCUGGAGAAGUGGACAGCAUCAUCCUCACCUGUCCAGAGAUCCCAGAAGAGGGGAGCCUGAACAUCAAACGUCGCGUCCAGCAGAAGAGGAAACCGUUAGAGGACUGCUGUAGUUUUCCUUCGCAGGUCAAAGCAGCAGAGCCUCUCCGGCCGACGGUCUACCAUUCAGUAUGUGUGAAGUGCAACAAGCCGAGCGAGGACAGCAGCAAGUGUCAGAACUGUGGGAACGGUCCGACGCUGCUGCCCUGUCAGCAGGCCACGCUGUCCUCCCCGACCCCCCGACCCCCCAUCCGAUCCCAGCCCUCCCCCCGACCGAACAGCCUGCAACAGAACUUCUACAAAACCGUUACGACCAUGAGGGCGCCCCGCGGGGAGACUCUGCCGAUCCGGAUCACGAGCACCAGGGGAACGCUGCCGCCUCUGAACAACAGCAGGUCCCCUCUGUUAGCUGGGACGUCGAGCUGCUGCGGAGCCCGAAACCCACCCAAAGGGACGAGGACGGCGGCCCAGCAGCACGAGCUCAACGACCCCAUCGUCUUGUCCAGCGAUGACGAGGAGGACGCCGACAAUGCCAGCACAGGAAGUGCCAACAGACUCGACAGCGUUUCCCCUCGACCCGCGGACUCCGCUCACUCCUCGCCGGCGCCCUCUGGAGGCAGAGUGGAGGCUGCGGUGAAGAGCGCCGGAGAACAGGAGGACCUGAACGCUGCGUUUUUCGAAGACGUCAACAUGAAGAUCACGAUACCGCGGAGAGCCCGGAUGAAAGAUCAGUUUGGGAAUCAGCCGCCGGAGCAGUUCUCGCCCAGGACAAAGAAGCCCAAAUUCAUGUCCAACAAGUGUGACAGCAUCAUACUGGAGUGUCGGAGUGUGAGAGUAGGAACUUUACGCAGGAUGGUGACGAAGCCCGUCAUCUUUUCCAUCGACCACAUCCAGCUGGAAACUGAAGGUCCGGAUCGCAACAGCAUAGAGAAGGUUUGUCUUCAGUCGUCGGAGCUGAUCAGCUGCGAGUGGUGCAGCGUCCGGAAGCUUCCAGUCUUGUUCUUCCAGACGACUCCGGAGGAGUGCGUCCGCCUGCGAACGCAGCUCAACAUGUCCAAGGAGACGGGAGACCAGUGGUACGACUGUGCCGGAGACCAGUCGGAUGAGAAGUACAUAGUUUUGAUCUUCGAGAACGGUCUGGUGAUGAAGGAGCAGAUGAUCCUGGAGGACAUCCUGGGCGAGAUCGGCAGGAACAACAACCUCAGCAACUUCCCCGCCAAGCUGCCCUUCGAAGAGGCCAACAUCCGACUGGUCAACUACAACAAGGCUUCCAAGCAGAAGGAGGAGAAGGUGAAGCCGGUGCAAAUUCCUCCCAAGAUCACCCACGUCUCCCCGGUUACCAAGGUCUCCUCGGUCAGCAAGGUCACGCAGGUUACCGCGGUGACCCCGGUCACCAUGCCCGUACGCACGCGGAUGGCCACCCGCCAGCAGACCAGCACCUACUAUGAAGAAGAAGACGAGGACAUGACUGACCUCCAGCCCACCUUCUCGGGACCAAUCAUCAAGUUAAUGGUGUACCCUCCUCCUCCAGCCAAAGGCGGCAUAUCAGUCACAAAUGAAGACCUCCACUGCCUUAAUGAUGGAGAAUUCCUAAACGACGUUAUCAUAGACUUUUAUUUAAAAUAUUUAGUUUUAGAGAAAUUGAAAAAAGAAGAUGCACAAAGAAUCCACGUUUUCAGCUCCUUCUUCUACAAGAGGCUGAACCAGAGGGAGCGGAGGAGCGUCCCUGACACGACGAACCUGCCAAUCCAGAAGAGGAAGCACAACAGGGUCAAGACGUGGACCCGGCAUGUGGAUCUGUUCCAGAAGGAUUUCAUUUUUGUUCCCAUCAACGAGUCAGCUCACUGGUACUUAGCCGUCAUCUGCUUCCCGGGCCUCAAGGGUCCGAUGUACGAGCAGAACCCGCUGUUCCACGGUCCGUUUCCAGCUCCGGCUGCAGAGCCGCCGUCGGAGGAGAACAUCCCAGACCACUGUCGUCCUCUGUCCCCGGAGGGAGACGGACUGGACAGCUCCUCGGAGGACCCGUCCCCCGGCGUCCCCGAGGCGUCCGCAGAGGGUCAAAGCGACGGCGACCCCGCCAAGGAGAACGCAGCCUUCACAGAGGGGGGACAAGAGCCUUCCAAUGCCCCUGCUGCACCAGGCAACGGCCAGGCUGACACUGAGCAACAAUACACAAGCGAGUUGCACAGAAUCAGUGUUUGCUACGGUUCAGGAAAAGGAGACGACGAUACCUUCACCUUCUCUGAUGACCAAAGCUCCGGUCAGGACGAGUGCAGUGAGGAUGGGACUGAAGACACGCUCAGCUCUGAUGCCUCCGCUUUGGCCUCCAAACAAAGCCUCUGCAAACAGCCUUGUAUCCUCAUCAUGGACUCCCUGCGAGGUCCAGCCAGGUCGACUGUGGUGAAAACUCUGAGAGAGUACCUGGAGGUGGAGUGGGAGGUGCGUAAAGGGACUCAGCGGAGUUUUGGGAAGGACGUGAUGAAGGGCUCCAGCCCACGUGUGCCUCAGCAGGAUAACUUCAGCGACUGUGGAGUUUACAUCCUGCAGUAUGUGGAGAGCUUCUUUGAGAAUCCGAUUCCCAGUUUUCAUCUGCCGGUGAAUCUGUCCGAGUGGUUUCCUCAGCAACGGAUGAAGACGAAGCGUGAGGAGAUCAAGGAGCUGAUCCUGAAGAUCCAGGAGCAGCAGGAAGUGGAGAAGAAGGAGCCCGACCGGGUCGAGGCUGCACCCAGCUCUCCUGAAGAGCCUGAGAUUGAAGAGACUUCUGGGUCGAAGGGCCGGCCGCCAAACUUACCCAUCAGCCCCUGAAACGACCCCACCCUCCUCCUCCUCCUCUCCCCGUCACUCCCAGGCCCAGCGGGGGGGCCGAACCUGAUUGUACGCUGCUGGUUUCACUUAAACGUGUCUGAAACGAUCCUUAACUCCCUCCAUUAACCACAGACAUCAAACACACCUUUAAAUUUGUAUUGAAUAAAACAUUAACUGUAAAUAUGCCGGAGUUUUUCCGCUGCCUUUGUAAUUAACUGUUUUAUGACUCAGUCAUGAAGUGGCCCAUUAAAUUAUGUUUUCAUAGAUGUUCUCCUCUCCAGGAGGAUCUGUGCAGAAGAUACUGUUGCGCUCUUGCAUCUUUAUUUUCUAUGCUUUAGUUGUGUAGAGGAAGACAAAGACUAUAAAAACAUAGAGGAAGUUGCUGUUAUUUGUAAGCUAUCGAUCCACCUGUCUGGAAAAAAGAAACUGUUCGCAGAAAGUUGACUUCCAGCUCACGAGUCACAGUCGUAGUUCAGUUCUUGUUGUGUCUCUUCGAUGUGGAGUGGAUGAACUUUCAGCAUUAAAAGCGACCCUAGAUGCAAGAGCACUUCCUUUGCUGUAGAUUUUUAUUUGUGUGCCAUCGUAUAGAUUUAUACAUAAAUAAGACUGUGUGUGUGUGUGUCUGUCUGUGUGUGUGCGUGUGUGUGUUCCUUCUUAUUAUACGUUGUUGAACAGGUCUGGAAAAGUCUUGAAUCCAGGUGAUAAUCUCCAGGUCCUGAGAUACUUGGAGACACUGAAUUCAGAUUGAAAGAAUCCACGCCAGCCAGCUGUUGUGACCUCAAAAGCUGCAGGUGAAACUCAGUGCAAAUCCACCUGCUGUGUCACCUAAAUGCCUCUAAACGUGUCGUAUCUGGGAUCUAAGCUGAACCUGCUGCUGGUUUGAGGUUAAUUCUACAACUCAAAUCAUUUUAAUAGUCUCUAAAAGUUUAAAUCUUUCAAAUCUCAUUGAGAUGGCACCAUCUUAAGUUUUAAAGUAGUUGUGCACCUACAAAAAAAAGGUUGAGGUAUGCUCAUUUAUGGUGGAGAUUACAGGUGUAAACACUAAGCAGGUUAAGGGUGAACUCAGUUAAAGUAAGAAAAGGAAGCUGUUUAAAUGUCACAAUGAAAGUAUUCUGAGUUUUAGUUCAAGUUGAAGCAUCAGUUAAAGCUUGUUCACAGUUAACAGUUCGUGUCCGUUCAAAAGCAGCGACGGCAGUUUAAAUGUCGUUGGAUCUGAGCUGGACAUUGACAAUUAUCCUGUAAACCAGUUAAAAUGUGAGUUGUUUGAUGCUGUUUUACUGUACAGUUGCAGGAAAAGUUAAAACACUUAAAGGAGCUGAGGCAUCAUUUUAAGUGUAG